CUUCCCGCAAGACAUAGUCUAUGAACUCAAACUUCAACCGAAUUAAAUCAUUUAAACCAACCACUAUCAACGAUGAAGGCCUCUCCAAUUUCGCUAGCGUUCGCAAUUCUCUCGACGGGAUACUGCUUUGAUGGAUAUGUGCCAGAUGCUACCAUCCCGCAUAUGGAUUCCAUGCCGCAUCACCAAGAUUCUUUGCAGCAGAAUCUACGCUCUAUCAACGUACUCAGCGACUCAUACCAAUGCAAAAAUGGAGCUACGCCGUCACUGGAAUGUGUCGAUCCGUUAGCAAAGCCCACCUGCUCUUGUAGCUGCACCAACGGCGUCAUAUUCAAUCAAACUCUUUCUGUGUCUCCACAGAAAGAUAAUAACUGCGAUUCUUGUGAAUUGGAGAAAGAAAAAUGUUUCGAUCGCGAGCAAGGAUGCAGAGCCGAGAUCCAAGAUGUGGUAAGGGAUAAAGAAAACGCCGAAGCCUCCCUCAAAGAUGUAUUGCUACGCGAGCAAACGUUGCAAACUCAGCUUCAAACGGCAGAAAAUACUCUCGCUAAAGUGAGGCGAGGAUGGGCACCAGGCAAUUGCUACAAGGACAUGGAUGGAUUACUGGAACGGGCCGAUUCAAUGACGCGCAGCGAUAUGAAUCACUGGUUUUGUGCUCAUUUUUGUAUGAAUUAUACGUACAUGGGUAUAAAGGGAACUCAGUGCACAUGUGGAAAUACUCUUAACAAGGCAGCUGUGAAAGCCGAUCAGUCACAGUGCAACAUUCUUUGUCCAUCUCAGAAAGAAUGGAAUUGCGGUGGCAAAUCAGCAACACUUAUUAGGACUAGAUCUUGAAGUUGAGGUUGAUGCGAUCGAUUAAAUGCUCGCUAGAUAGUUUUUCGGUAGAAUUUCGGUCUUCUUACAAAAUCUAGGUGCUACAUAGAGCACCUAGAUUCUAUUAUCUCAAUAAUACUUAGGUGACUACUAUGUACACAUAGCUACGUAGCUUAGAAGCUUAGCUCCCUACUAAAUACAACCUUUCACAUACAU